UUUUUCUCUCUCCCACAAAACACAUAAGUACAAUAGUGGCUAGAUUUGUGGUGUGCAGAGACACUAAGAAACUGUUCGAGUGCUAAAAUAAAGCAGUAAAGAUUCCUUUCAUGCCAGGAUCAAGCUCCCAUUCAACAGAGAGUAUUGUGUAACAUCACACGAGCCACGCUACAUAACAGGAGUGCGAUACCAUGUACAAAAUGUUUGGAUUUGGACAUGUUAUCCUGUGCUACUAUAUUCUAGGAUAUAUUUGGUGCAGCUCCAGUGCUUGGCAGGUAACAAUGCCAAGGAAUAUAAAAGGAUUGUUGGGUUCCUGUCUUGUUAUCCCUUGCAGUUAUAAUUACGAUCAGUAUCCACCUAAAAGACCAGAUCGUGUAGUGUGGUAUCAAUAUGUGAGCAGAGGAUAUCCAAUAGUAUAUGACAACUGGAACAGGAAUGAUGUGCUGGACAUAUUUAAAGGAAGAACAGAUGUAUAUACUUCUUCACACCAUCGGACAUGCAGUCUGUUGAUUGACCCAGUGACUUUGGCUGAUCACAGUCAGAAGCUUUAUCCCUGGGUGGAUCCUGAAAAUGUUGGAAGGGGAACCUACCGUUUCUUUGACACAACUGUAACACUUGAAGUAGUAGGCACAGCAGAUCCACCGGUUAUUGAGAUCUUUGGAAACACGGUGAUUGGGCAGUCUGUAACAGUGCAAUGCAGUGUUUACCACACUUGUCCCACUUAUCCCCCAAGUCUGAGGCUCAACAUCCCACUGCGAAACGAACGUCUAACUCAUAGUCCUCUAUCUGAUGGAAGAUCCAAAACUAUGCUGACAACCACUCUGUUCAUAGAGAAAGAAUAUCAAACUGUGGAGUGCUAUGUCCGACACCAUGGUGGUCGCUCUGCAUCAGCAUCUAAAACCUUAACCUCACAAUGCCCCAUUUCAAAGCUGACUGUCAGCUCUGCAUCAGAUGAAUUUCUGGAGGGAGAUCAAAGUACAGUAACCUGCACUGUUUCAUACACAUGCUAUCGAAAUAUUCCAACUCUGACAUGGAAUUAUGGUAAUAUGCCAGCCUCUUCUGAUACUAGCAAGUUAUCAGGGGGUGCUCAGUGGAGGACUGUCUCCACACUGACAUUUACAGCAUCAGCUAAUGACAAUGGAAGAUCGCUGAUAUGCUAUGCACGUUUCCCUGGAGGUCAGACAAAAGAAGCAAGCGUCACUCUGCGGGUAAAGAGAAACAUACUGAAUCUGGGUUGGUCCUUCACGGCUCCAGCCACCAUAACUGGGUUGAAAGGGUCAUGUCUCAUUAUUCCAUGCAAAUUCUCCUACAAAAACUCUCAGCCUAAUGACCUUCAAGUGAUGUGGUACUUGUAUCAGAAGAAUGAAUACCCAGCUGUAUUCAACCAAGGAGGGAGUGUUAUUAGUAAGUUUGAUGGUCGAACAAGCUUGAUUGGAUCAGUGGUGGAGCAGAACUGUAGUCUUAAGAUUGAAAGGCUGGAGAUGUCACACAACCGUCACCGACUUUAUCCAUGGAUAGAUAAGAAAUCAAUUACUUCUUACGGCACCAUUGAUCAUACGUUUUAUGAUGGAUCUACAGAACUUGUUGUUUCAGAACAUGCACCAGAACCACAGCUGAGCAUUAUUGGUAUCCUCAGAGUAGGAGAGCAGGGCACUGUGUCCUGCAGUGUGCGGCAUACAUGUUUCUCUGCUCCCCCAACCCUAACCCUAAAGGAUUUACCUGGAAUUGAUCAGAACAUGGACACUCUGGUAUCUGAAGGGAUUUGGGAAAGGAAAAUAGUUCGAACUUGGACAGUAGAAGAAGAGCACCAGAGUGUAAGUUGUGCUGUUAACUACCCUGCGGGUCAGAGUGCCGAAAAGUCGAUUCCACUGAAUGCUGAAUGCUCCAUUUCUCCAUUGAAUAUUAGCUCUACAUCAGAUCAAACACAAGAAGUGAACAUCAGCAUGAGGGUAAAGAAGAAAGGACAUGAGACACAUACAUUCAACAACAGCUGUGUAUUUAUUAUUAUGAAAGCUUCUCCAGAAAAACCAGUGAUGACCCCCGUUCCAGAAGAAGUUGAUGCUGGUUCAACUAUAACUGUUUCAUGUUCUGUUACACACACAUGUUCAUCACAUCCUCCGGUGUUCUCAUGGAGUGUCUCUCACCUCACCAGUGAGGUCUCACACAUCAUGAUGUCACGAGGCACCUGGCAGACAACUUCCACAAUCACUUUUAUUGUUACUGAAGGAGAUGGAGUCAGAAACCUCACCUGUAACGCUAUCUUUUGGCGUAACAGGGAACAAGCCCACACAGUCAGCUUAAAUGUGAAGGGAUCACUGAUGUACAGGUUUAAAUGUUCUGCUCCAGUGGCCUUUUCAGUCUCAUUUAGAGCUCUCAUCAUAAUCACCUUACCUGCAGUGUUUGCAGUCUUCAUCUGGAGGAAAAGGAAACACACAGAUGAAUCACUGAAACCACCACCUCGACCAGAACAAAGAAGAUCACUUUGGGAUAGAUUAUCCAGACAAUCAUUUUGGAGCCGAUUUUCAAGACGCCAAGACCGCACUGCGAACAUCAGUGUUGCCUAUACUAAAAACAGCAGCAAUGUAACAUGUGGAGCUGAGUCCAAACCACGCUGUCCAUCCCCGAAGGAUAACAGGAGACGACCAUCCCCUUUCAACCCUGAGAAUCAACUGUUCGGCAACUUUUGACUUCUUCAAAGACGUCCCAGAGACAUCUUAAUCUUUCAGGCUCAUGUCUCGCAAGUCUCCUGUUUCAAAGGUUAUCAUCUAGCUGAACAGCCAUUAUCAACUGCAAAGACACCCGAGGUGGCUUCUGUUAUGAAUACAUGCUAAUGCAAACUAUACUGUUGAUGUAGAUGUAUGAUAUGUGGGGAAAAGUUCUUAACGAUACUGCAGCAUCUAAUGUUUUUAUAGUUUAACUUUCACUUGGCUUUCUUUAAAUUUCCUUUAACUCGGUCAAUUACAAAAUGAUCUAGUAACUUGCUUUGCUUAAUCUUCUCACAUGAUAAACAACAAUAAACAUGUUUUUUCUGA